AUGGAGACAGUCAAGCACCUCUUCUCAAGCUGCAAGUGCAAGGCCGAAGAGCGCGGCCCCACCUGCCCGUGCCACGGCGCGUGCACGUGCAAGGUCGGCAAGUGCAAGUGCGAGGGGUGCGCGGGGCGCGAGCGCAAGCCCGGUGCGCACUCGAGCUCGGACUCGGCGUCCAGCUCGGACGACGAGGCGAUGGCCAAGCGCAAGGCGGACAAGCGGGCCGGCCGGAAGCGGCAGGGCGGCGACGCUGCCGCCACCAACGACAACAGAAAGGGCGACAGCACUCGCGACAUCAACGGUAACCCGGCUCAGUACGACACCGCGCAGCGCGACACCUCGGCCCAAGCCGACAGCAGCGCAUACGACCCCGCCGGCCCGCCGCCGCUCCCGCACGCAUCGAUGGGCGGCGGCGCGAGCCGCGCAGAGGCGGGCUACGAGCCCGAGGAGCGCGCGCUCGGCGGUGGCGCAGCCAGCUCGGACUCGUCGGGCGUGCAGAGUUUUGCGGCGGACCGCGAGAUGGGUGGCGGCGCCAGCGCGAGCGCGCCGGCUGACGCCGUGCCGGAGCGCGGUAUGGGCGGCGGGGCUGGUGCAGAGGCUGGUACGGGCGCCGACAAGGACGCGGGCAAGGACAAGGACGAGCACGGGCGCCGCCGUAGCCACCACCACUUUGGCCUUGCGGGGCGUUAGUUGGUGCCGGGUACGUGUGCCGGCGGGAUGAGUAGGGUGAAGACACGUACACGGGUCUACAGAGAGCAUGCCGCACCGAUAUACUAUGUACACAUGAAGGCCGACAGGGGCGCGGAGGUUGUGUUGUGUCGCCGCCUCACUCAGGCCGUGUUGCGGUCCAUUACGAUGGCGAGCAUCUGGACCGCGUCGCGGUACUCUUCUCGGAUGAACGGGUUGAGCGCGUAGUAGCGGCAGAAGGCUUCCCAGCCGCCAUAGCGCAUUAGGAACUCCUCGGCCGCGGCGGAGAGGUCGGGUGCUGGGGGUGGCCAUCAGUCGCUCAAUGAGGGCGCGGUGUCGCAGGCGACGCGGUGUACUGACUCGGGACUUCGGAGGCGGGCGGCAUUGGCGUGGGCGGUUGUUGUUGUUGUUGCUGGGACUUGGGCAACGGACGACAACAUCGGCAUUUAUGCACCCCGGCCCCGCCGAGGUGGACAACUGCGCGAGCCGUAUCAGCACUGGGGUCAACGCUUGUCAGUGGGGAGCCGGACGCGAAGAGAAGCAACAGUGACGAGAGAACGGUUCGCAUGGU